UCGCGACUCUUAAGCGUUCGAGAGCGACGAGUCUGUGGCGCGAGUCCGAGGCGACCGACGGGCGCGACGAGGCGGCAGGCGACCUGGCCAGCCGCCCGCCAUGGACCACUAGAUCCACGCUGUUCAACGCCGGGGCUGCUACCCAUUCGUACAUUACCUAGAGAUUCAGUAAACCAAGAUGACAGUGUUGAACGAGUGGGUUGCUGGUACACGGGUUGGUGGCUGGGUUCAGCGAUGCCGGGAGUCUCGCCGCCUCGUUCUGGCCAUCGUCGCCAUCGCCCUGCUGCUCGACAAUAUGCUGCUCACUACAGUCGUCCCAAUAAUACCAGAAUUUCUGUACAACAUCAACCAUCCAGACACGCCCUUAGACGGGCCUGUGAGGACAACCACAACAACCGAAAAUCCUUGCAAAGAGUACAUGAAAAGUCAUCACCUCGAAUAUUUACCCAAUGUCUCAACGGAAGACAUGGAUUUAGAUAAUAUGACUACCAUUGAUCCAGAGAAGUUGCUACGCGAAGAAAGGCAUCGCGAUUUGGUGCAAGAAACCAGCCAGGUGGGAUUAAUGUUCGCCUCGAAGGCAUUUGUGCAGUUGCUGGCCAACCCAUUUGUUGGACCUUUAACGCACAAAAUAGGCUACAGCAUUCCCAUGUUCGUUGGUUUCAUCAUCAUGUUCCUUUCCACAAUUAUUUUUGCAUUUGGACGAAGCUACAGUGUUCUCUUCAUAGCAAGGGCCCUACAAGGUAUUGGAUCGUCCUGUUCUAGUGUCUCAGGAAUGGGUAUGCUGGCCGAAAGAUAUCCAGAUGAUAAAGACCGAGGGAACGCAAUGGGUGUAGCACUUGGAGGUUUGGCUCUGGGUGUCUUGAUAGGUCCACCUUUCGGUGGCAUAAUGUACGAGUUCGUUGGAAAAUCAGCACCCUUCUUAAUCCUAUCUGCACUAGCUCUAGCUGAUGGAGUUCUACAAUUAUUGAUGCUACAACCAGCAGUGGUAAGGCAAGAAUCAGAUCCGCCAUCCCUGAAAGCGCUCGUAACUGAUCCUUACAUAAUAAUAGCAGCUGGGGCCAUAACAUUCGCCAAUCUCGGGAUCGCAAUGAUGGAGCCAUCUCUACCAAUUUGGAUGAUGGACACGAUGGAAGCUGAUAGAUGGCAACAGGGCGUUACGUUUUUGCCGGCCAGCAUAUCAUAUCUGAUUGGAACGAAUGUGUUCGGUCCAUUAGGUCAUCGUAUGGGUAGAUGGCGAGCUGGAUUCGUUGGUUUGAUAGUGAUAGGAAUAUGCCUCAUGUUGGUGCCAAUGGCAACCCAUGUGAAUCAUCUAAUAGUGCCCAAUGCAGGUUUAGGAUUUGCCAUCGGUAUGGUUGAUAGCUCAAUGAUGCCAGAACUUGGAUAUCUGGUGGACAUCAGGCAUUCAGCUGUGUAUGGUAGUGUAUAUGCAAUAGGAGAUGUGGCUUUCUGUUUAGGAUUCGCAAUAGGGCCUGCUAUGAGUGGAACGCUCGUGAAGAGCAUCGGUUUCGAAUGGAUGCUCUUCGGAAUUGCAAUAUUGGAUUUCAUGUAUGCUCCACUUCUGUUCAGUUUGAAGAGUCCACCAACCAAAGAAGAGAAAAAGGAGCCACAAUUGGAGAAUAUUGAAACCAGGGAUGCCAUUUUCGAUAACAUCAGAACAAAGCCACACAAUAAAUCACUUAUAUUGGGAGAGAAAUCAUCAGUUCGAUAUGUAACAUAUCAGAACGAAGAAGAUGAUGAAGAGUGAAAUACCUGAGAAGAUCUUCACUUUACUCAAGAUGAGUUGACAAAAAUGGACUGAAUUUAUCAUUUGUUGGAUUUGUAAAUUUGAACACAUAAUGAAUAUGUAAUAUAAUAUUAUCGUUCAGAAAUGUAUGAAGCUGUUCAGGAACAUAAAAGACAAAAUUAACGAUGGAAGUGUCAUACUAUAAUCAAAAUUCAAAAUUUUUCUGAGGGGUCCUCGCUGGGGAUUUUGUGAAUGGCUGCGCUGAAUCCUAUCCGAAUUAAAGGAGGCGAGGCAAUAAGAUGCCCCUAUGUUUUGGAGUUAAAAAAAAUUGGCUAGAGAUUGAUUCAAUUCGAAACACUUCCAUUGAAGCCUGGUCAAUGAUUGCAAAAGAGUAUAUACCAUAUAUGAUGUGAAAAGUUGGUUAUUUUCAUUUGUAGCUGAUUUGUGAAAGGUAUAAGUGUAAUCUAGCAAAUAAAAUGGCUGAAAUAUUUAUAUAAGAGAAUUGCUGAGCCAAUCAAAAAGUUUUUUCUUGGGCAAGCCUGGUGAGCAGGGGUUUAUGAAUCCUACAAACUAAUAAUGGGACCUUAAAUGUUGCUUCAAACAUAAUAUAAUAUACUAUCUUGUAAACAAUUGUAAAUCUGACAUGUAAAAUUGUAUCGAUGGAUCACACAAAAUGAAGAGACAUUAUUAUAUUGGAAUGUGUCGUAUAUAUCGGAAUAUUUACCCAACUUCAAGCGAGCGACAGUCUCCUUAGAAGAUUAUUGUGAAGAGACAAUAAUCAUCUCUUGUUCCCAUUUUUGAAAGCCCACACCUGAAAUUUUAUUCAAAGCUGGUAAGGGUCCGAACAACAAAAGUACUCAAGUUUCUAAAUGUAUGAUGCCAUAACUUUUCUGCCAAGUACAGUGGCCAUUUUUAGAACUUAGAUUUUAGAGUACAUGUUUCGAUAGGUAGGUUAUAUUAUAAAUUAUAACACACUUCGAUGGAUAUAUGUUUAUAUGUUUGAUGUUUAUAUUUCAUGUGAGAUUUGUGGCGCAAUAAAUGGAUCAUAAUGUGA